UAACUUUGCCUCACAGUCAAAUGUGCUUCUGAUAUGUCUGUUCUCAACCAACAUAUAAGACAAUUCUUCAAAAAACACCAACACUCGGUUUGCGCUGCCUCUUUUAAAUGAAUGUCCCACCUGUUCUCUGUACCUAAGCUUUGUUUCCCAACCAACAGAAUAGAUUUGCAUAGAAAUUGUGACGCCUGUUCAUAUUUCCUCCUCUGUGUAUGUUUCUAGCAGAUUUACAUCCUGAGUCAAAUGGGCCUGAGAGUGGGUGUGGUGUCUGUGGGACGGGGUGGUGCUGGCAUCUUAUUUCCCUUCACACGUUACGGAGGUCUGGAUCACAUUUAAAACACAUGUUACUACUCUUCGGCUGUGUGCGGUUUGGCAACUCCAGAAGAAAGGACACUGUUAGGGGAUUUAACUGGCAGGGGACUUGAUCACUUGACGGACGGACAUUAAAAAGGGAAAACGGGGAACACGAGCAAAUAUAAAAGGCGGCAGGACCAGCAGCAGUGGAAGAAACACAAGGUCAGACAAGUCAGACAUCCAAGCCUCACAUAGCUUUUUUUUGAAGCAGAAUUAGCUCGGAUCUUAGAGGAAGUAACUGUGUAGCUGCUUUUAAAGGCCUUUUUACAAGGAAAAACCCUUGUGGGAUCAAGACUAAUGAAGAUUGUCAAUGGGGAUAUAAAUGUAGAGUAACUGCUGAAAUUAGACAUUUAGGGAAGCCAGACGAGUUUGCUGAGAUCAUCCAGCUAGAAGCCCUGAAACAUCUCACAGGCCUCGAAUCCAUUUGGUCGAAAGAGAGAUAAGUCUUCAAAAGAGUCCUGACUUUUAUGUUUCUUUUUCCAAAGUGACCUUCGGUUUCUGACGUUCUUGCAGCCUCAUUAAUGAACCGGACACCUCAGGUUCUGCAUCAAAGCAGUACGAGGUUUUAAAGCCCUUCGUCCAUUUGGCUGGUGGGCAUCUGGGUCGCUGUGACAGGUUACGUCUGGCUCUCUAACACACUCUACUGUGCAGCUGGAAGGUGGAGAGUUUGUAUUGCACAGACCUGCAACUGAGAGGACCGGCAGUGUGUGUGGUCCGAGAGACUCAGCUGGUCUGGGAGUCAGAGAGGCGGCCAAGUGCCUUCUGCCAGUAAAAAGAGGAAAAGUUCAUCCUGAUUCUCAGAGACGGCAAGCGGAGUCGAGUGGAUGAUGAUGAAGAUGAGACGGACGCUGUGCAGGAUCUCCUGCUUGGUGACUCUGGUGGUGGAGCUCAGCUGGAUAAAUGUGGGCCUCAGCAUGCACAGGGAUGGAGGAAGCCGGCAUGUCAGGAAGCAGUGGGAGAGGAAGGUGCGGUCCUCCUCCAGCCUGGACGAGCUGCUGAGGCUGGCAGAUUUUCCCGACUGGAAGUUGUGGAAAUGUCGUCUGAGAUUUCAGCAGCCGGACACCCAGACGGAAAACCUCUCAUCUCCACCAUCAGUGGGCUCCCACCGCUCGACACGCUACGCUGCCGAAUCCUACAGCCUGGAGAUACUGAAAGCUAUAGAUGAAGAGUGGCAGCGGACCCAGUGUAUGCCCAGGGAGACGUGUGUCGAUGUGGCCAAGGAGCUGGGCACCGAGCCCUCCAUGUUCUUCAAGCCUCCCUGUGUGUCCGUCCACAGGUGCAGUGGCUGCUGCAACCAAGAAGGUGUCACCUGCAGAAACACAACUACUGUGUAUGUCAAUAAAACCGUCCUCAGUGUGAUUCCAUUCAAAUUUGUACCAGAACCGGUGCUCAUAAAAAUAGCAAACCACACAGAGUGCAGGUGCAUGGAGCCUGCGAUAAUAAGACGUAAUGCUCAACCUCACAGGGGCAGUGGCUGCUCUCUGAUGGACCAGCUGUCGGAGCUCGAGGACUCCAGGAGACUUUGUGCCAGUGGAUCGAUUUGGGAUUGUUCAAGUGACAGAUGCAUACCUUUCCCUUCCAGUGCUCUGGAGCUCCCGCUCAGUUCAUGGAUGCCGGACUGUGAGAUCGACGUGGAGCGCUGUGACUGUCUUCCUAAACCUGAACCAACCCUCCAGCAAAGACAGAUCCAUCGCUGUCAACUCAACUCCUCCAUCUGUGCCCACAGACAUCAACACUUUGACCAAGCCUCAUGCACGUGCAGACGGCCCAAGUAGAAGUCCACUGGGGUUCUAAAUUACGACAACCUGCUCACCGGGAUGUUUGGAGGCAGAGAAAAAAGGCUCAUAAUUUAUUUACAGUCCUAUUUAUGCUGAUCACUUUAACUAAUUAUGAUGACAUUAACUCACAUGACCAUGUUAAUUGAUUUUUUUUAACAUGCUUACUUAUGUCUCAAUCAAAUGUGUCAAGUUUAUGAUUUUGUACAUUUGUUCUUUGUGCACUGAACUUGUAGUUUAUAUUAAAAGAUUAUUUUUAUAUUUUGAA